UGCACGGGGUGAUUUCACACAGAGUCGGACGGACCGGCAAACGAAGCUGCCAAGGAACGGCACAUCAAUUAUUCAGAUAUGAAAAUUUAUUGGAGAGAAUAGGGAAGGAAUGGGAACGAGGAGAUUGGCAGAGAGACUGGGUGAAGUUAAGGACGCCACGAGAUUGGAAAAAAAGGAGAUCAUUCAUCAUGAAAGUCAAAAUACAUGGAAAAUCAGGAUCAGAUACUGAAGCCUCAUCUCAUGAGUCCGAGGCUGAGGUGUCUGAUACUGAAGUAUCAUCAACUCAUACAGUCAUACCAUCAUCUGAUUCAUUAUCACUCACCGCAUCAACAUCCACCGCUGAAUUACCCCCUGUUACCGAGAAGACAACACCAACUUCGUCACCGGCUGCACCUGUAAUUACAACAACCGUCGCAGCAUCACCAACAUGGUCUACUGCGUCAGCGACAUCGACUGGACCCCAAUUUGCGUUGCUGCCAUGGCAAACUACGACUGGCCUCGACUUUGGUCGUCCAUCAUCCGCACUCUACGUGUCGAGUCCAACAGCCACACCAACUUCAGCAAUCUUCGAGACUUUAACUAAAUUCAUGAAGGAUGAAUUUAGUAAGCUCCACGCUCGCAUUGACCGGGCCAUAAGUCACCGUUCUGCUUUCACGUCAAUAUCAUCUGGGACAUCAAGAUUCAACAUCCAGUGGAUGGAACGCAUCGACGAGAAGCUAGAAGACCUGCAAAUCGUCAUUCAAACCAACACUGACUAA